UCCCCUCUGAUCAGCUGGAACGCAGAUUCUUCCAAGAUCCUGGUUACAAUGUCUGGGAUCCUCCUCCUGCUGCUGCUCUGCGAGGCGGUGGUCCUGAGCCAGACCCAGGCAGGGCCCCACUCGCUAAGGUAUUUCCUCACGGCCAUAUCGCGACCCGGCCGCGAGGAGCCCCGCCUCAUCGCCGUCGGUUACGUGGACAGUUUGCAAGUCGCGCGGUUCGACAGCGAGGCUCCGAAUCCAAGGGCGGAGACGCAGGCUCCCUGGAUGAACCUCCAGGAGCCCGAAUUUUGGGAGGGGCAGACCCGGAUCGCCAGGGUCCGCGAACAAACGUACCGGGAGUACCUGCGGGAUUUGCGCGACUAUUACAACCAGAGCAACUCUGUGUCUCACACCUACCAGGGUAUGUAUGGCUGUGAUGUGGGGCCUGAUGGGCGCCUCCUCCGUGGGUACAAUCAGCGAGCCUACGAUGGUGACGAUUACAUCGCCCUGAAUGAGGACCUGCGCUCCUGGACAGCUGCAACCACAGCUGCUCAGCUCACCAAGAGAAAGUGGGAAGAGACUGGUUUGGCAGAGCGCUACAGGGCCUACUACUUGAAGGGCCGGUUCCUGGAGUGGCUGCGUAGAUUCCUGGAGAGUGGGAAGGAGAUGCUGCAGCGCACGGAAUCACCAAAGACACAUGUGACUCAUCACCCCAUCUCUGAAGACGAGGCCACACUGAGGUGCUGGGCCCGGGGCUUCUACCCCUCAGAAAUCACCCUGACCUGGCAGCGGGACCAGGAGGACCAGCUCCAGGACACAGAGCUUGUGGAGACCAGGCCUUCCGGGGAUGGAACCUUCCAGAAGUGGGCAGCCAUACUGGUUCCCAUCGGAGAAGAGCAGAGAUAUACAUGCCGUGUGCAGCAUGAGGGGCUGCCUGAGCCCCUCACCCUGAGAUGGAAACGGUCUUCCAAGCCCACCGCCUCCAUCACAGGAAUCAUUGUUGGCCUAAUUCUCCUAGGAACUGUAAUCGUUGGAGCUGCAGUGGCUGCUGCUGUGAUUUGGAGGAAGAAAUCAGGUAGACAGGGAGUGAGAUUGGAAUUUUCUUGUCCCACUGGAAAGUCUCAAAUUACAGAUAGUAGAAUUUCAAGACCAUCUCAUAUCUUGUCCAAGUACUGCCCUCACAUGUGCUGUCCUUGCUGGGCCCUUGUGCCAACACUUCCACUUCCAUAAAGCACAUGUGAAAAUGAAGGAUAAUCUUUCAUCUUGGUGGUUCUGGUGAUGGACACCUCAUUCUUAGUAGUCACAGGCCACAGGCAAAGAUUCCAGCUAAGGACACACUUCCAGCAGGGUAGUUGGUUGAAUAUCUGCACAUAUUUCUUAUGUUUUCUUAUCCUGCCCUGGUUUUGCAGUCAGUUUUGGAAACUUCUCUGGUAUCCAAGAAAAACCAGUUCUUCUAGGACUUUUGGGGCCUCUCUCCUCCUUAAUCUUACACAUCAUGCUUUGU